UUCAAAGACAGGAAGACAGAGAGGGAGAGAAACAGUGGAUCUGUCUGGGGGAGAAAAUAUAAAGGAAAGACCAGAGUGGGAGGGAAGAAAGGAAAAAAAAGAUAGAAGUUACAACAAAGUGGAACCCAUGGGAAUGAAUUAGAGUCUGAGAGACUGGCAGAUGAAUAGAGAUGAAGAGGUACACCCUGUGACAGCAUAGAUUUAUAGCGUGGGGCAACCUGCAAAGGUAAAAAAAAAAGGCAUUUGAAAAAGAGAGGAGCAUUUAAAACAGAGCAAAGUCUUUAUUUAUCACAGUCCUUGCAAGACAUCACAGAGGACAGUCAGGAAACCCUACAGGUGUAGAUGCAGACAGGUGGAAGUUCAGAAAUGCUACUUGUGCUUCUGCUUCUCUGUGUUGCGGGAGAAGUUUGGGGGUCCACCCCUGGAGAGUGGGGUUACGAACGGAUCCAGGACAAACGGGGACCAGUGGCAACACAGUGCCCAUCUCCAUGCCAGUGUGAAGAAGAUGGCAUCUUUAUGAUGGUGGACUGCUCAGAAAUGGGACUAUCAUCUGUGCCAACCAGCCUCAGCCCUCUUACCACAUACCUGGAUCUGAGUAUGAACAACAUCAGUGAGAUUCAGCCCAGAGCCUUCCAUCGACUGCACCUGUUAUCAGAACUGCGUAUCUCAGGGAAUCAGCUGAGGUAUAUCUCGGGCCUCGCACUUCAAGGUCUCCACAACCUCAAGGUUCUGAUGCUGCAAAACAACCAACUAGAGAGACUUCCUGAUGAUGCUCCGUGGGACCUACCCAACCUUCUGUCCUUGCGUCUUGAUGCCAACCUGUUGUCUGAGGUUCCGAGUGAGGCCUUUAGGGGUGUUCGUUCACUGAGACACCUGUGGUUGGAUGACAACUCUCUAACAGAGAUCCCAGUGAUGGCCCUGGACUCUUUGUCCUCCCUGCAGGCUAUGACGCUGGCCCUCAACCAGAUCACACACAUCCCAGAUUACGCGUUUAGCAACCUCUCCGCACUUGUUGUACUGCAUCUCCAUAAUAACCACAUCCAGAGUAUGGCCUCAAGAUGUUUUGAAGGUUUACACAGUCUGGAGACACUGGAUUUAAACUACAAUGAUCUGCGGGAGUUCCCCUUGGCCAUUAGGACACUGAGCAAACUUCAGGAACUAGGCUUCCAUAACAACAAUAUCAAAAGCAUCCCUGAGAGGGCCUUUGUGGGAAACCCUCAGCUGCAAACCAUCCAUUUCUAUGAGAACCCCAUCCAGUUUGUGGGAAAAUCUGCUUUCCAGUUCUUACCUAAGUUACACACACUUUCCCUGAAUGGGGCAACCCAGAUUCAAGAGUUUCCAGAUCUGAAAGGAACCACCAGCCUGGAAAUUCUGACGCUGACUCGGGCCGGACUCUCGGCUCUCCCUGUGGAUCUAUGUGAGCAGCUGCCUCGCCUCAGAGUGCUGGAACUAUCUUACAACCAGAUAGAGAAUCUCCCCAGUUUUUACCAUUGUUCAGCACUGCAAGAAAUAGGACUGCAGCAUAAUCAGAUCGGGAGGAUAGAAGUGAACACCUUCCAGCAGCUCAACUCUCUUAGAGCACUCGAUUUGAGCUGGAACAGGAUAGAGUGGAUCCAUCCAGAUGCUUUUACCACACUCCACUCUUUGAUCAAACUGGACCUGACUGAGAACCAUCUCAGCUCUGUACCAGUUGCAGGUUUGGGAGGUCUCACCCAUCUCAAACUGAGGGGAAACACAGAAUUAUACGAGGCCUUUAGUCCUGAUCACUUCCCCCACAUGAGGGUGAUAGAAAUGCCUUAUGCCUAUCAGUGCUGUGUAUAUGCAUCCUGUGAUACCUACAAACCUGCCAGCCAGUGGGAUACAGAGCAGAGCAACACUCAUGAAGACCUUCACAAGAGGACUCUAGCCAUGUACCCCAUCCAUGCUGACACACACUAUGAUCCUGACCUGGAGGAGUUCCAGCUUGAAAUAGAAGAAGCCAAACUGCAGACCAGUGUGCAAUGCACACCCAUACCUGGUCCCUUUCGUCCCUGUGAGUCUCUUUUGGGCAGCUGGCUAGUUCGUGUUGGCUUGUGGUCCAUCUCCCUGGUGUCUCUGCUGGGGAACUCCAUCCUGCUCUUAUCCCUUUUUGGCUCACCUGGAAACUUGUCACCACUUCGCUUCACCGUGGCUUGCAUGGGUGCUUCCAAUCUGAUGACAGGGGUGUGCACGUGCACCCUGGCCCUUGUGGAUGCUCUUACCCUGGGAGAAUUUAGUCACUAUGGAGCCCGCUGGGAGGGAGGUCCUGGGUGUCAGGCAACAGGAUGGGUCUGGGUGUUUGCGUCUGAAGCAAGUGUGUUGUUGCUCACUCUCGCAGCAGUUCAGUGUGGUAUGAGUGUGACAUGCGCUCGUGCGUAUGGGAAAUCCCCAUCCCUUGGGAGUGUACGCACAUGUGCACUUUUUUGCCUUAGUCUGUCCGUCACACUAGCUUCUCUGCCAUUGGUAGGAGUUGGAGAGUAUGGAUCCUCACCUUUCUGCCUGCCUUCGCCCUUACCACCUCCACCUCCUCGUCUGCCAUCCUCCCUUGGCUUUCCUUUGGCACUUAUUAUGAUGAACACCCUGUGCUUGCUCAUCGUCACAGGUUCAUACAUCCGUCUUUACUGGGAGUUACUCAGGGGGGAAUGUGAGGGCUUGUGGGAUUGUGCUAUGAUCAAACAUGUUGCCUGGCUAAUAUUCACUAAUGGCCUCCUGUAUGUACCAGUAGCUUUCCUCUCCCUUUGCUCCCUUCUGGGUCUCCUCUCUUUGGGGGAUGAGGUUCUGAAAUCAGUCCUGUUGCUCCUCCAGCCCUUGCCUGCUUGCCUCAACCCUCUUCUCUUCCUCCUUUUCUCAAGAGAUCACUCUCAGUUGUUCUUCUGGCCUCGCCCCAAAGCACGCCCACAGCUGCGCCGGGACCACACCCUGGACUCAUUGGUCUCUGUGGAGACGGAGAAGAGCUCUUGCUCUGAUUCAUCAAUGCAGGGGUCACUCAAUGAUGCUGAUGCCAUGCACAGGGGGGUUUCUCCUCCUCAGCCCGGACUAGAUCCAGUCAGAUUGUCCCACUGCUCUUCCACUUCCUCUGUUCCUCUCAUCCCUUGCCAAAUACCCACUCUCACAGUCAGAGAUAGAGAGAGGGUGACAGAAUGAGAGAGCUAUAGAGACAAUGGAUAUCCAGAGAGUUUGGAUCAAGAUGCGAUUCAUAACACUUUCUCUCUGUAUCGUCCUAUCAUGACUCACUUCUCAUCCAUGAGCCACCAAGCUAGCUGUGUGAAAAUCUGGGACACUACAGGCAUACAAGGACCAUCUCUUGGCUAUCGGUUAAUAAGCUCUUUAGAAUAAGUCAACAGAAGCUGUUGAGGACAAUAGAGAAGUUGAUGAUAAAACAAGAAGAGGCUCGACAAAUGGAGGCUGGGAAAAAUUUUCUUUCAGAGCAAAGACUUUCUUUCAGGAAAUAUCAGUACUGUUGAACUACAGGACUAUUUCGAGGACUCGAGAAAUGUGAUCACAACAAAGGCAAAUUAGAAGUUAGAUUUUAAGUGGAAUUAUUUUUUAUAAUAUAGAUUUUAUCCUGUUGCUACGGUCCAAUAAUAAAAAAAAUGGGACUCAUCAACCACACCAGGCCAUUUUACCAGUGUAAGCCAGUAUUUUUCAUCCAUAGCAACAUUGUCGGAUACAGUGUGAUUUACCAGUUUUGAUUAAAAAAAUAUAUAAUAAAAAUUAAGGUUUAGGUAGCAGCAAAACAUAAAAUAAAAUAGGCUCCACAUACAGCUUCAUAUGGUUUACAUGGUUUGGUCUCAAAUAUGCAACUCUGCCUAACUGGAAGUAAGAAGUCAUACGGACUGAAUGGGACGUAGCUAUCUUCCUACAGACUUUAGAGUAGGCAGGUGAUAUCUAUACAUACAAUGUAACUACCUCUGAGCUAGCAUGGUAUUGACUCACUACAACCUUAUGAUGUUUUGUCUUCUUUUUAUAAACAGCAAAUAUAUAAUUUUAUAUAUUAAGAAAUAAAACUUUAGUUUGUAAAAAAAAGAAAAAAAAUGUACCAUUUAGGUUGUACAUACUUUGUAUACAAUUGGUAAGCAUAUAUUUGAAUAAAAUUAUUAUCUUUGUACUUUAUAUACCCCUCUAACCCUCCCUCUGACUAUGCUGCUAUUCAAAAGCAUAACAACGCUACACAAGAAGUCAAGGCAUUGAAUGAAAUACAUUAAUAAACUUUAAUAUCACAACACAUACACAGAAUACUUAUCAAUAUGCAGAUGCUUAAGCCAUCAAUCCAUAUGUGUGUGUGUAUAUAUAUAUAUAUAUAUAUAUAUAUAUACACACACAUAACUGGAGGACAGUGUUGGAGCUAAGU